AUGACCCCGUUGAUAAGCUUCAGCUCAGAUAAUGUACCUCGUCCACGCCAGAAAAGAGCUCUUUUAUUUCCACGCGGCAAUCCGACUCGCCACCAACUGGUAGCGGGAUUUGGCAUUCCAGUGGACAUUGUUCUCGAGUCCAUAAACGUCGGUUACGUGUUCAAAGCUGUUUACUUUCUUCCCUGGAAUUCAUCGCACUGGAUUCCACAGUUUCUUCGACGGGACGAGGAGCUACUUUUUCAACCGACGCUAGAAGAAGCGCAACAGCAAAGAAACUUUGUCGAAAUAAGGAACGGAAACGAUGCUGGCGAAGAACUCCACCAAAAACCCGAUAACUGGGUAGACCGGGCACGAUGGGUGAUCUACCAGGCGCUUGAGGCAAUCGCGGAUCACAAAGGCUUCAGCGGUCGAUCGUGCCUGUUAAGGACCAUUUGCGAAGCAGCCGAGGCGAAAUUUACUCACUCGAGUGGAAUUUUGGGUGAACUGUUACACAUUCUGUUUACCCCAUCUACGACCAACGAACCGAUAGAAGACAACGAAUUGCACAACGAAUAUAGGAAUGCGGAAACAUUGGCCCAGCAAACCAGCCCCCGAUAUGGCCGUUCAAUCUGUUCCGAUAUGUAUAGAGAGUGUCCUCUGUCACUGUUGGACAUGUUUACUGGGGUGAAGAAAAUGGUUUCGGAUGAGGAUAAUAUGCGGUGA